AUGACUACAUCAGAAAUCUCUCUGACACCCGAAAAUGAACCGCUUAUAGCUACGGCAGCGCAGCUACAAUCUCUUGUUGAGUCUUUCAUCGAGUUAGGUGUUUUGGUUCACGACAACCAGGGCACAGCGAAUUCCCAUUCUGCCCUUAUACAUAAGACGAACCAAGUAGUCAGCCAGCUCUCGGGUCUUACGGACAGUCCGUUUACACAACAGUAUCCGAUUCCUAUUGAUGUGUUGACUUACAUCGAAGACGGGCGGAACCCGGACAUAUACACAAGAGAGUUUGUGGAAGUGACAGCGAAACUGAAUGCUAGGCUAAAAGGCAAAAUGUUGGGCUUCGAACGGUUGUGUAAUAUUUUGGGUGACAAGCUCGUCGAAGAGUUUCCUCACCUAGCGGAUGGCGUUGCUGAUAUCAAGAAAAGAACCAUCCAAAGCGCAGGCGCCAAUACAUAG